AUGACAAGCGCGACUCUCUCCACAAAAGCAAACGUCGCGAGGGCGGAUCGACGCAGCCCAGACCGCCAUCAGGCACUGCCGGGCCUGGGGCCGCCCACUCGGCCGCCAGUCCGCGAGCUAAGCUUUGAGGCUGAGCAGUUUGGGCGUCGAUCGCGAUUCUGGCCGUGCGACUGACGUAGCGGGCAGGUCCCUCCUUCCGUACUGUACAUCUCCUUCCCGACGCGCCCCGUGCCGUCCCAGCGGUGUUUUGUCAUGGCGCCGAUGCACUUGGUACGCCUGAAGGCUCUACCUUUACCUCUACCCACUACGAAACAUACGGGGCGCAAGCUUUGCGUUCUGCUCGAUUCUUCCUGAGGCCGUCGCUCGCGAUACUGCACGGUUGACGCCGAAAAACACGACCAGACUACCACCACACCCUUUAUGCUUGGCGGCUAUGUCGUUUCCUGCGUGGAUAUCGGGCAAGAAACAUGAGCCGGCAGACCGGCAGAGCGAGCUUUUCACGAGAGGCCGCGUGCCCAACGCGCAGAAGCCGAAGAGCAGGCCGCCGGACAGUUUGCGCGAUAAGGUGGGCUUCCUGCAUGGGACUUUGCCAAAGUACACGGGGCCGUAUAGCGUCGGUAUGAUGGACAUCGAGGUCCCCGCCGCGCAUCCCCAGAACUUCUCUCAUAUUACCCGACACAAACAGCACAUCCUGCGCCUCGAAACCGUCCUCAUGGCCGUCUACUACCCGGCUGCGUUCGGCGCCGGCGCGGGCAAAGACCCGGGAGGGCACAAGAAGUGGUCGCGUGCGACGUGGCUGCCACGGCCGCGCGUGCGCGUCGCUCGCGGCUAUGGCAAGUUCUCUGGGCUUGGCGAAGCCGCGGUCCCCUGGUUUGGUGCGACGACCAUGUUCACCAAGAUCCCUGCCUAUAGGAAUGCUCCUCCGGCACAGCAUUGGGCGCCGCAUGAGCGGGCGGAAGACGGUGGGGCGAGGGUUAAGAAUGAGAAGGGCGAGCCACCGGAGGGAGAGGAUGCGGAGCCCACGUUUCCGCUGCUCAUUUUCAGCCAUGGCUUGGGAGGCAAUCGGACGGCGUACUCGAGCGUGUGCGGCGAAUUUGCGAGCUACGGCUUUGUGGUGUGCGCUCUGGAGCACCGGGAUGGAUCCGGGCCGCGCACGUAUGUCAAUCAUCCGCUCAGAGGGCCCUGCAUCACGACGGACUGCAGCAGCGACGACACAGAUGGCGAUUGCGCGGUGGAUCACACGCAGAAGCAGCGCGAGCGCGGCUACGAUCGCGUUGACUACGUCUUCCCCAAGGACAACCCCAUCGACACGAACCCCAACAAUACGAAAGGUGUAGACCGCGAGCUGCGCUCCGCACAAAUUGCCCUCCGCCAGGCCGAAAUCGAAGAAGCGCUCGCCGUACUCCGCGAGAUCGCAGCGGGUGACGGCGCAGCGGUCGCAGCGCGCAACAUGCGCAGGAAAGGCUACGUUGGUGCGAGCUCGCGCGGGCUGGACGGCGUGGAGUGGGAGAUGUGGAAGGGGCGCUUCCACACUGAUCAGGUCACCAUGGUGGGGCACAGUUUCGGGGCCGCGACGACGGUCGAGAUACUGCGCGAUGGAAAGCGGUUUGACUGGUGCUCGCAGGGCAUUAUUUACGAUAUCUGGGGCGCGGCGGUGGCGCCGGGGCCGCCGCUCCCGGGGGACGAGAAGUGCGAGGUAUUGGACGCGGGUGAGGUGUGGACUGAAUGCGACGAUGAGAGCAGUGUGAAGGAGGAGAACAGUGAUACGGCGCUGCGGGACACGAACAGCAGCAAGGCGGGCUCUUCGCGAAGCAACAGCAAAAGUAACGACAACAGCGGGAACGAUUGCAACGAUGACAACGGCGCCAACGGCGACCCCCAGCACCACAUCCGCGCCCCGCUCCUCGGCAUCAACAGCGAAGCCUUCAUGUAUUGGCCCUCGAACUUCCGGGCCGCAACCUCCCUCAUCCACGAAACUCUCACAUUAGGCCACUGCCCCGCCUACCUCCUCACGCUGCGCGGCACCGUGCACGUCUCGCAGUCGGACUUUUCGAUCCUGUACCCGAACACGUGCGCGCUGCUCCUGAAAAUGACAGCGAACCCACGGCGCGCCAUGGACCUGAACAUCAACGCGUCGCUGGAGUUCUUAGCGCAAGUGGCAGCGCCGGCACGAGCACGCGUGUUUGCGCGCGCGUUGGGGGGCGAGCGAGAGAGGAUCCUGGCUGUGCCGGAGGUUGGCGAGGUGCCGGAUGUGCGGAGGCCGGCGCAGAAGUGGGUCGGUGGACGAUUGAGGGUCAGGCAUGAGUUCCGCAGUCGGGUCGUGCCUGGGUUAGCGAGGAAGGUUAAGCGGAAGGCGGUGACGAGGGGCGAGGGCGGCGUCGAGGAUGAGAUCUGGAUGCAUGUUAGGGCUGGGGAGGGGGCGGUGCGGCGGUGGCGGAGGGCGAGGGGGUGGAGUGCUGAGGAUGAGGGGAGGAGAGAGGAGGGUUACUCUGCUGAUGUGGGUGUGGGUGGGAGUAGGGGUGCGGCUGGGGAUGAUACGGCACCGUCAACACCAUCGACAAGGCCGGCGGCGCUGCCGCCUUGAGAUGAGGCAUGAGAGACGCUGAGAGGAAUACACGCAUACGCGCUUAAUAGAACGGGCGGAAAGACCUAUAGAGUAGGGUAUUAAUUGAAGUAAAACCAAAACAGUAGAAAUACAAGGACAAACCAAACCAAUCCCAAGC